AUGACCAACCAAGGCCAGCGUGAUCGUUCGGCCUCGUCGUCGCAUUUAUCUCCUCCUGCUUCGGCCGACUCGUUCCAACCCUUCUCCAAUCCUUAUGAUACCCAGCAGCAGUUUCAGGCCAACAAUCUCAACCAACAGCAGUUCCUCGACCCCCAAGCUACUUUGCUGGACUUCCAAUCUCCAUCCUUCGACAACACCAGCUUCUUCAGCGCUCGUACUCCCAGUCUUUAUAGCCCAAACGGUAGUAGCAGCAACCUGAGCGGCAACCUGUCUCCCACAUCCCUCAGCGCGACCAACCUGUCGCUCAACGGGCCCUCACCUCACAAUCUGUCUCAAACAGAGUCCAACUCGUUUCCGGGCUUUGACUUCAAUCAGCACCAGCUGGACCCAAACUUACUUUACGGCACCUCCAAUCCAUCAUUGGACCCCAUGGCUGCGACGCACCACAAUCCGACUCCUCCUCAUCUGCUGCAGCCCCAGCUGCGCCGCGCAUCACAGAGUCCCAGUCCACACGCGUCUCCCUCGUAUCAACAGGCUUCCUUCAACCAGGUCAAUCGACAGAGAUCCGAGUCGCUUGAUCCCGCAAGCGCUGCAUACCCACCACCAGGAUAUCAUGGCAAUGACUGGAGUGCUGGCCAGGCCUUCCAGUCGCAUCGUCGCUCACCUUCGGACGCCUACUCGGAAAUCUCGUCGCAUUCUAACCAGGCUUCGCCAUAUCUACCUACGGCCGACAGCUUCGACGCUUCGCCCAUGCUGAANCCCCAAGCCGACGUUUCCAUGUUUCCUGAUGCCCUAGGUCUCGGCCAAUUCUCCUUGUCCGAUACGCAGAUCCCACCCCAUAUCAGCCCAGGCCCUAGUCCGGCCGUGUCGCCUCGUUUGUUACCUCAAGCACAGCAAUCGCUUCCAGACUUCAACACAGCCAAUGGCUUCGCCUUGCAACCCGAUAUGACAUAUCAAGCACCGCAACAGAAUUUCGACAUGUACCCGACUGCCUCGCUCACGGCAGCUGAGCCUUUCCCUCAACUGAGCAAUAGCGGUACCCCCAAUGAGAUAGGCAUGGCUGAUACCAUGUCUCCACCUGAGAUCAACAUCGACUUCGCUCCUCCUUCGAGGGUACCUAGUUUUGGACCGCCAGAUGGUGCUGGGCCAGAAGAUGCGCUCAGUCCCCCAGAGAGAAAUCGCAGUCGCAACCGAAUGCGCGCCAAAUCGGAUACUUUCGUUGGCUCACGGCCCGUAACCCCCUCGGUUUCAGGAAGAGGUAGAUCUCCUUCGCUACAACCAGGGACGAACUCACUAUCACCUUUCGACGUGCGGCAUAGCGGCUCUCGCUCACCCUCACCAUCCUCCAUUUCUUCCACGAGUGGACUAUCUAGACGCUCUUCCACCUCAUCUGUGCCCCAGCGCGAUUACAUUCUGGACCUCGCAAAUCCUGAAAGAGCCGCCAGUGGAGGUAACGACCCAAAGCGGACUCAAAAACAUCCUGCCACUUUCCAGUGCACACUAUGUCCCAAGAAGUUCACCCGCGCGUACAAUUUGCGCUCACAUCUUCGUACUCAUACGGACGAGAGACCCUUCGUCUGCACUGUGUGCGGCAAGGCCUUCGCUCGUCAGCACGAUCGCAAGCGCCACGAGAGCUUGCACUCAGGCGAGAAGAAAUUUGUCUGCAAAGGCCAGCUCAGUAAUGGAGAACAAUGGGGAUGCGGUCGUCGAUUUGCGCGUGCUGACGCUCUUGGUCGACACUUUCGCUCAGAAGCUGGUCGAGUGUGCAUCAAGCCUCUGCUGGAUGAGGAGGCCGCCGAACGACAGAAACAAUGGGCAGAAGAGCAUGCCCAGCGACAGAUGCAGAGCGACCAAGGCUUUGUAGCUCCACCUCCCAUGACCAAUCAGCCGCAUCUCCAUCCUAUUCUGCCAGCUGCUUUACUUCAAAUGUACCCGGAUUUGGCAAACCUCGACUGGGGAGCUGUGACUGCGCCUGCCAUUCCAGAGGAAUCGGAAGUUUUCAGUGGAAGAAGUAGUUUCGAUGCUGGAAGUGGUAACGAAUGGGACCUGAGCGAGAACGAAAUGGGAUCCUACGGACAGCAGACACCGAACAUGAACAUGGGUCUUGCUAACAAUGGAUGGAUGAGCGACAUGGAGCGAUGA